CUCAGUCAUACAUUGCACGACGACGGUUGAUCCCGUCAGCGGGGCGCCAAAUCCUGAAAACCGCCCACUGUCGUCGAAAUUCGAAGACUCUUGUACUCCGUGGUCAUGCGUCGCAAAAUUGACACAGACCCAUCCCGUUGAGAUGCCAUUGUCGGCGCCAGGCAAGAUUGUAGUGUUGGUACCAAGCAUCUUUGCCUUUUUCCUCAGCCGGCGGAGCUUCGUCUUGAGUUCCCCUGGCCCAAUCAAGCCGUCCGCUCGGGCACCCACUUGGUGAUGUCUUCGAAGCCAUCGUACAAAGCGACCUGCAGAAACGUGCAAGUGUCUUUCACUUCGCGCUGUCCCAAAAAUCAUGAUGAGAUUGGGGCCAAGCGCAGCAGGUGUAUCGAGGUCGCGGAGAUCCAGCAUUGUCAAAUCGUCCAGUCCCAUGUCUUCGUGUACGUAUUUUAUCAUCGGCUCGAGGAGAUGAGGAGCGCCUUCGGGCACUUUUGGCAGCGAAGCGAUGUGCUGGAGCGGAGCAUGUUUGGGCGGUUCAACAUCCAGAAACCACGGGUUUUCAGGGUCGUCGUCAUCGAAAGCGUCGUCAUCGAUUUCCUCCUCGAUUAUCUGUUGCUCGAUAUCUGGCCUUGCUUGUGCGUCUUUGGCAUUUUGCGCAGCGGUCCCAAACUGCUUGCUUGGCGGAAAAGUUCGCAGUAUUGCGCCGGGCACUGGUCUCAUUCCCCGCGCCGCCGAUUGUCCAAUGGCCGGCAGUGGCCUGGACGAAACAGCCCUCAGGAUGGCAUUUCGACAGCCGCAGCACCCCAGCGCCGCAGUCACCGGGCGACGAACCCUCGCCACAGCUGUUGACGACUUCAAGCUGGAGGGAAUGCCAUAUAAUCACAUCCCAAACCCGUCAAUACCGCCUUUCCAGGCGCCACCACCCCCAUUCGAGCUUCGCCCCUUCGACCCAUCCUCUCCUCUGACAAUUCCUGAGCCUGGCCCUCCGAAGCCUGCCUCCAAGAUGAACACAUACGGCAUCCCGGGAGAGCCAGAGGACAUGUUCAUGGUGUUUGAUGCAUGCAUCAAAGUAGGCAAGUUGGAAAGAGCUGCUCUAGUCUUGAAGCGCCUCAGCUCCCUGGGAUCGAUAUCAGACGAAGAACGAAUCAUCCUUAACAACAAAUAUCUGAGAGCGUCCCUCAGUCAGAUGCGAACGAAUCCCGACCGAAGCCAAGCUGAGCAGCUCCACAAAUGGUACGAGCUUCAAAUCAGAAGCAAGAACUUGCCACAUACGGCCGAAACGAUUGCCUGCAUGUUAAAGGCGUCCCUUCUCUCCGAACGAGGCGCCAGAUUAGACCGCCUAGUGAAACGAUAUAUGGGCAUGGCCCCAGACGAAGCGGGACUACGAGUCCUUAGCAUGGACGAAAUCUUAAGCGAUCAGGAUCUUGCAGUCAUAACUGAAAUCUGCCCAACUUACAACUUUGCGGCAGAUGAAGGGGGUUUGGAAGAUAUGGCGCUCAUGUCCGACAACCUUCAAGAGGCAGACGCUUCACCUGCUCUUACUACCGACUUAAGCCAAUCUGCAGAUUCGACAGUAGCCCCGGAGCUAAUCCCAACACCACAACGAGGCGAGGGACUCAAUACAUUGAAGAGAGGCCUAGGACUCUUACUGGGACUUCAAGAGGUUGAUAUUUCGAAGCUUCCUCAUUCUGACCAAAUGGAUAUACAACUUCAGCUGGAAAGAGAUUCAAUCAGCUCAGCUAUUGAGAAAUGGCGGCUUGAUAACAAGACUCUGCAAAAGCGGGGUGUUAGCACAGCCUUGGCGCCAUCAACAAAAGAAGGUUCCAUGUCACAGAACAUGGCGUCGUGGAUGAGUGCCAUGGAAACCCGCAUCGCGCAGGAAUUGAGACUGAUUGAACAAUCCGAGGCAAAGAAGUCAAAAUCAGACUGGGAUCUAACAAGGUGCAUUUAUGGCCCGUUUAUCCAGCAGGGUGAUCCAGCGCGUCUGGCAGCCGUAACAAUUCUCUCCGUCAUCAAUAUUGGAACUGUUCUAGGUGUCGAGAAGGGUACUCCCAUCAGCCGGUUGAUUACCCACAUUGCAAAAGCCGUUCAGGAAGAUACCGAAAUGUAUCAGAAAGAAUUGGCUGAGAGAAAAGCUCGACGACAGCGUAAACUCAAGUUUGUCGGAGAUAAAUCCAAAGACAAGGCAGAAGCAAGCGAAGACAUCAAGACGCCCCUACUCGAUACAGCAGAACAGGAACGUACCCUUGAGGAAAACAGCAAGAACCCUUGGACUCUGCAAAUCAAAGCCCAGGUCGGCUCGAUUUUGCUACAAAUGCUGAUAGAGUCAGCCAAGAUCAACGUUGUGGCAGAGAGCUCGACAUCCAAAGAGCUGAUUAGCCAAUACCAACCUGCUUUCAGCCAUCAGACACUACUUCGAAAAGGCAAAAAGGUCGGAGCCUUGUUUUUCAACAAUCACUUGAUUGAACAGCUUAAGCGAGAACCUGUCGGCGACUUCAUUGCCAAACAUCUACCCAUGGUGGUCGAGCCCAAGCCUUGGUCUUCCUUCACUGAAGGCGGAUUCCUGGAUUGCAAGACUAGCUUUGUCCGUGUUAAACCAGGCGAUAUCGAGCAAAAGCUAUACAGCACCGCAGCGAUCAAACGCGGAGAUAUGGAACAGGUAUUCAAGGGCCUAGAUGUGCUGGGUAAAACGGCAUGGGUGAUUAAUAAGGAUACUCUGAAUGUUAUGAUGGAGGCCUGGAACAGUGGAGAAGAAAUCGCAAACAUACCACCUCUGCAUCCGAAAUUUGACGUUCCCCCGGAACCAGAUUCUUCAGCAGAUCCUCUAGCACGAAAGUCUUGGAUUAGAGCCGUCAAAGCGAUUGAAAACGAGCGAUCUGGUUUACAUUCUCAGCGCUGUUUUAUGAAUUUGCAGUUGGAGAUUGCACGAGCAUUCCGCAAUCAGACGAUAUACUUCCCACACAAUGUCGACUACCGAGGGCGAGCAUAUCCAAUGCCGACCUACCUGAAUCACAUGGGUGCCGAUCAUGCGCGAUCCAUUCUCAAAUUUGCCAAGGGCAAAGAACUGGGCGUCAGAGGCCUGCGGUGGCUGAAGAUUCAUCUCGCCAACGUUUAUGGCCUGGAUAAAGCUAGCUUCGACGAGCGCGAGGCCUUUGCAAAUGAUAACGUGGCUAAUAUCAUCGACUCGGCGACCAAUCCUCUGAAAGGCAGCCGAUGGUGGCUCAAGGGAGAGGACCCGUGGCAAUGUCUUUCUGCGUGCUUCGAACUGAAGGCUGCGCUCGAACUCCCCGAUCCAACAAAAUUUGUCUCUAAUCUUCCGGUCCACCAAGACGGCACUUGCAAUGGACUUCAGCACUAUGCCGCUCUCGGUGGCGAUACAUGGGGAGCGAAGCAGGUUAACUUGGAGCCUGGAGAGAGACCCGCCGAUGUCUAUUCAGCCGUGGCAAAUUUAGUAAAGGAAGCGAUCGCCAAAGACUUGGAGGCCGGGAAUGCAUUUGCCAAAGCGCUAGACGGAAAGAUCACUCGCAAGGUCGUUAAGCAGACUGUGAUGACAAACGUAUACGGCGUUACAUUCUCGGGAGCGAAGAAGCAAAUCUGCAAGCAAAUUGACGCUUUGUAUCCUAACCUAGGAAAAGAGUGCGAGAUUCCUAAUUUGCUAUUGUCGACAUACAUCGCCAAACAGGUCUUUCAAGCUCUUGCAACCAUGUUUCGAGGUGCUCACGACAUUCAAUACUGGCUUGGAGAGAUUGGAGGACGUGUGUGCCGCGCCCUGACUCCAGCCCAGCUACAGCAAAUCGUGGAUUCAUACGGCGAAGGUGAGGGAAGCACCCCUCGCUCCUCCAGAUCCAAGGCAAAGCCGUCUUCCGGCAAAAAGGUUGAAUUUGAUGAUCUCGUUCAGCAGUUUCGGUCCUCCGUCGUUUGGACAACACCCCUCAAAAUGCCUGUCGUCCAACCUUACCGAAAGACUACAGCACGAGAAAUCAAGACAUGUCUUCAGGCUGUCAUAUACCCUAUGAGCGACCAAACAGAUCCUGUCAAUAGGCGGAAGCAGCUUCAGGGCUUUCCCCCUAACUUCAUCCACUCGUUGGAUGCUAGUCACAUGUUACUGUCAGCCCUGGAAUGCAACGAUCGGGGACUCGAUUUUGCCGCAGUGCACGAUUCCUUCUGGACACAUGCCGGAGAUCUCGACGUUAUGAAUGAAGUCUUGCGCGAGGCCUUCAUCCGAAUUCACGAAGAGGAUGUAGUAGGCCGCUUGGGCGCUGAGUUUGAAGCUCGCCACCAAGGAUCAAUCUACCUUGCGAAGAUUGACCCCGAUACCCCAGUAGCGAAGAAGAUCAAAGAACUGCGCAAGAAGAGCAAUCUUUCUCCAAAGGAAGAGCUUCUUCUCGAACACAAGCGUAACCAGCUGAAGCUCUCUGGCAAUCCCUGGGACCUUGAGGCUGCUCAGCAAAUCGUCACCCCUGCUUCGAUAUAUGAAGACAUGAUGGCCGCUGAGGUCGACAUGGACAUCCACGAAGAUGCUAAAGAUAUUGGCUUGGGCGCCAUAUCAGAAGACGAGGCUAACAGCGUUGUUGAUGAGGAUAUGGAGGCUCAAUCUGAGACGUCUUCUGAAAUCCUAGAGCUAACUAAGCGCCUCAUGGAUGAGAUGAAAACAUCGUUUUUUGAGGCUCACAUUGCGAAACCGAAGGCUUCUGCUCGCAAGCAGAAGAAGAUGCCUCUUCCCGUUUGGCUGCCGCUGACUAUCCCAAAGGUUCCCGAGAAGGGUGACUUUGAUGUUAAGCGUUUGAGAGAAAGCAAGUACUUCUUCUCAUAAAUGGCGCCAGUAUUACUGAGUAUCUCUACUAUUUUUAGUCUGCGACAAUGUAUAAUGAAAAAUGGGUGUUUUGGAUAUAAAAAGGUGAAAGAGCAGGGGGCAAGGAAGGAGUGGCGUUGACAUUUUGUGCAUCAAUACGGAGUUCAAUCAUGUGCUUGAUGGAGUUUGUUUUGAAAGAUAAAAGGGGUGGGCAUUUAUAAGCGACAUUGUAUACAAGAUAUAUGUAUGAUAGGAUUCAUAAAGGGGACAGAUGAAUGCAUCACGAGAGUGGCUCGUGGAUGCUAUAUACCUACAUAAAAACAGCCUAUCGUCAUGGACUGGCCAUGAAUGAAACAACAACAAAAUCAAAAUACAUAUUAAAACAAAC